AUGAAGUCCAACUUCGUAUUUCAGAAUCUGUGUGGGACGGUAUACAGACAGGGCAAUGUGAUCUUCACACCUGAUGGUAAUUCAGUGUUGAGUCCUGUGGGUAAUAGAGUAUCGGUAUUCGAUUUGGUCAACAACAAAUCAAGGACAUUACCAUUUGAGAAUCGAAAGAAUAUAUCGUCCAUCGCUUUAUCGCCUGAUGGGAAUGUACUCAUGUCUAUAGACGAAGAUGGUCGAGCAUUGUUGGUACAUUUUCGAAAAGGAACCGUCAUCCAUCAUAUCUCUUUCAAAGCCAAGGUCAACCACGUGUCGUUCUCCCCCGAUGGGAAAUACAUAGCUAUCACCCACGGACAUAAGAUACAAGUUUGGAAAACCCCCAGUCACCUCGUUAGGGAGUUCGCUCCGUUCGAAUUGCAUAGGGAAUAUACAGGUCAUCAUGAUGAGGUGGUAUACAUUUGUUGGAGUAAGACAUCUAGAUACUUUGUGACGACAUCCCGAGAUAUGACUGCUCGAUUGUACACCCUAAACCCUUUGGAAGGAUUCAAGCCUAAACAAUUUGCUGGACACAGAGAUGUAGUUAUAAGUGCUUUCUUCUCGGAGGACGAGAAGACGAUUUACACCGUCUCUCGUGAUGGAGCUGUGUUCGCUUGGUCCGCAAAACGAGGAGCAUCAGCUGAAGAUUCAGAUGUGGAGAUGGACAUCCUAGAUGCUCCUUCGACUUCAGCAUCAGGAGCGAAUCUAGCCCUGGAACAUACAGUAGCCUACACCCGUUGGGGUAUUUCCAACCGACAUUUCUUCAAUCAACCUGGAACCAAAGUCGUAUGCGCAACAUUCCAUCCCAAAACAUCCUUACUCAUCGUUGGAUUCUCUACCGGUGUAUUCGGUUUAUGGGAAAUGCCAUCUUUCACUUCUGUUCACACUUUGUCAAUAUCGAACGAGAAAAUAUCCUCUGUGGCUGUAUCGGCCUCUGGUGAAUGGUUGGCAUUUGGCGCAGCGAAAUUAGGCCAAUUGUUAGUAUGGGAAUGGCAGUCUGAAUCAUACGUGUUGAAACAACAAGGACAUUAUUACGAUAUGAACACUUUAUCGUUCUCGCCCGAUGGACAGAAUAUAGCUACUGGCGGUGAAGAUGGUAAAGUGAAAAUAUGGAAUGCUUCAAGUGGUUUUUGCUUUGUCACCUUCCCUGAACAUACCGCUUCGGUCUCUUCGGUCGAAUUCGCCAAACAAGGACAAGUGCUUUUUACAGCUUCGUUAGAUGGAACCGUUAGAGCGUACGAUAUGGUCCGGUAUAGAAACUUCCGCACGUUCACUUCGCCUACACCUGUCCAAUUUUCAUCACUGGCUGUCGACCCCUCUGGAGAUGUGGUUUGUGCGGGAUCUCAAGAUUCGUUCGAAAUCUAUAUGUGGUCCGUACAAACUGGAAAGCUACUAGAUAUAUUGACUGGUCAUGAAGCGCCGGUAUGUGGAUUAGCGUUCUCUCCCACUGGCGAUCAACUAGCUUCGGCUUCUUGGGAUCGAUCAAUUAGGUUAUGGUCAGUAUUUGGACGAUCAAGAGCCACAGAACCUAUAACAUUAUCGAGUGAAGCUACUUCGCUGGCAUUCAGACCCGAUGGAAAAGAAGUCUGCGCGUCAACUUUGGAUGGACAAUUAUCGUUUAUAGAUGUUGAAGAAGGUCAGAUCAAAUCUGUUAUCGAGGGACGAAAAGAUAUUUCGGGUGGAAGGAAGAUGGAUGAUCGACUUACAGCUGCUAAUAACGCCGCAUCGAAAUAUUUCAACUCUGUCACAUACACUGCGGAUGGAACUUGCGUCUUAGCUGGAGGAUCAUCAAAAUAUAUUAUCAUAUAUGAUAGACAAGAAGGAGUAAUGAUUAAGAAAUUCCAAAUUUCUCAAAAUCUGAGUCUUGAUGGGACGUUGGAAAUGUUAGAUUCGAGGAAAUUGACUGCUGCCGGACCGAUCGAUUCGAUUGAUUUAGAUGGUGAUAAUUCAGAUUUGGAAGAUCGUCUAGACAAGACCUUACCUGGAGCAACAAAGGGUGAUAUGUCCAAAAGGAAAUAUAGAAGAGAAGUGAAAACUACUUGCUGUCGGUUUUCAACUACCGGAAGAUCAUUUGCGGCAUGUUCGACAGAAGGAUUGUUAAUUUUUACUUUGGACGAAUUGAAUAAUUUUGAUCCGUUCGAUCUAACGUUGGAUCUUACCCCUGAAAAUAUCCUCAAACAACUUCAACAGGAAGAAUGGUUAAUUGCGUUAAUUAUGGCAUUGAGGUUGAAUGAGAACAAGUUGGUUCAAGUGGUAUAUGAGAAAAUUGACUUAAGAUCGAUACAAUUGAUUUCAAGGCAAUUACCUCAAAUUUAUAUAAUACCAUUUUUAACUUUCGUUUCGAAACAUUUGGAAAGUUUCCCUCAUGUGGAGUAUGAUUUACUUUGGAUAUCGUCUAUUUUGACAGCUCAUGGGAAACAUAUAAAAGAGAAUAAAGGUCAAUUGGCACCUACGAUUAGAGGGUUGAUCAGAGGUUUGAUGAAUUUGGAAGGGAGUGUCGCCAAGUUGAGCGAUCAGAAUACUUUCUCGUUAGAUUAUAUCUUAUCUCAAAUCGUCAGAAAUGAGAAGAAACCUAUGGACCAAAAUGGGUUGACGGAACUGGGUAUAGAGGUCGAUAUAUGA